UGAAGGCCUCCCCGCUUUCGGGGCUGACGAAGACCUUCCGCUCUCUCUCUCUCCCUUCCAAAACGCACCUUGAGAGAGAAACCGUCGAAACGCGUGAGUUGGUCCGUAAAUGGCAAAGCGUCCGAGGGCUCCGCCCACCUCUUUGAUUAUCAAUCGCCACAUUCACAGGCCGUCGUCUCCCAUGACUUUCGCGGCGGAGGACGAAUGAUGCACCGACUGAGCGUGGGGCAGGCCAAGUUCCCCACCUCCCUUUCCCCCGCCGUGCUCUAACCCCCAUGCCCACCGAUGGCCUUCUCCUAGGCCCCGAGCAAAAGACACCUCCCUUUCUCUUCAUCCCUCCCCUCCAAAACAGAAACAGGAGGACGAGCACUACUCCGCCCCUUUGGGAAUUGGGAAUCCAGAAGCCGGUCCGACGCGUGCGGCGUUGGGAUGACGCAGCUCCCGCGCCGCCCGGUGGACCGGCGGCAAUCGUUGUUAAAGAAGGAACCUCCGGCCUGCGCUCAUUUCGCGGAGGUUGCCGGUGGCACCACUGCCGAGUGCGUGGCCGUUUGCUGCUGCUGCCCAUGUGGCCUGGUCAACCUUUUGGUACUCGCCGUGGUUAAGCUGCCAGUCGGUUUGUGUAGGAGGGCCUUGAAGAAGAAGAAGAAAAGGCGUAUCACCGGGAAGAAGAAGCCGGGGCUCCUGCAAGAGAGGAAGCGGGAAGAUCUGGUGCUCUCGCAGGUCCACCCUGUGCCGCCCAAGUCCUCCGUUCCAGGUGCGUUGCCCCACCAAUUGCCAAAGACGGACGUGUCGCCCAUGGACGACGAGGCGUGGGUUAAACUGUAUACGGGCUUCUGGAGGAACCCCUCGGAGAGAGAAUGAUCGUUUUCCCCUCUUUCCAUUUCAAAAGCACAUUUCAUCCAUUUUCCUCACUAAUUCACGACGUUGGUUGUGUUGAAAAUCGCUUCCUUUUAUUUUUCUCUGUAUCGUGUUCAUGUUCUUCUUUUGUUUUGGUCGUCCCUUUCACUUGUAGAAAACGAAAAAUGUGAAUGGUCGAAACUGAAAAUGCUCUCCAAAUCCCAAAAAAAAAAAUGAACGGGAAAACACAAAGAUUUGUUCAAAAAGAGUUAUCUUAUUACUAA